AUGUAUCGAAUUUGGAACAUCUACGCUCUUGCCUCCUUUGGCACCAUUGGAGGCAUGCUCUUUGGUUUUGAUAUCAGCUCCAUGAGCGCCUGGAUCGGCUCAGACCAGUAUCUCGAGUACUUUAACCACCCCGGCUCGACAGAGCAGGGCGGCAUCACAGCUUCCAUGUCGGCAGGAUCUUUCGUUGGAGCCCUUGUCGCAGGAGGCAUCGCUGAUCGUCUUGGUCGUCGUAAGGCCCUCAUGAUUGCUUGUUUCUUCUGGAUCGCCGGUGCUGUUCUGCAGUGCUCUGCCCAAAACGUCGCCCAUCUUAUUGUUGGUCGUAUUGUCAGUGGUGUCGCUGUCGGUAUCACCAGUUCUCAGGUCCUAGUGUAUCUCGCAGAGCUAGCGCCUUCGCAGAUUAGAGGCCGUAUUGUUGGUAUUCAGCAGUGGGCUAUCGAAUGGGGUAUUCUCAUCAUGUAUCUCAUCUCCUAUGGCUGCUCAGUCGGUGUUGAUGGUCCUGCUGCGUUUCGUAUCGCUUGGGGCGUCCAAGCCGUUCCCGGAUUCAUCCUCUUUGCCUCGCUCUUCUUCUUUCCAGAGUCACCACGAUGGCUUGCCCAACACGAUCGCUGGGAGGAGGCUCACUUUAACCUUGCCCACCUUCACGCCGGUGGCGAUCUUGACAGCCCUGUUGUCCUCGCCGAGAUGGAAGAGGUUCGUGAAGCUGUUCGAAUCGCCAAUGAGUCCAAGGAUAUUGGAUACCUUGGUCUCUUCGCACCUGGUGUUUGGAAGCGCACCGUUGUUGGUGUUAGUGUCCAGGUCUGGCAGCAGUUGCUAGGUGGAAACGUCAUGCUGUACUAUCUCGUCUAUAUCUUCAGAAUGGCUGGUAUGACUGGUAACACUGCUCUUACCUCUUCCAUUAUCCAAUAUGUCAUCUUCCUUGUCACUACCGGUCUCGUGCUGCCUUAUAUCGAUCGCCUGGGUCGUCGGCCUCUACUUAUUAGUGGAGCGUUGAUCUGUGGUGUUCUGCACUUUACCAGUGGAGCUGUCAUGGCUGUCCACGGCUAUCCCGUUGAUGGUAUUGAGGGCAACGAUAUCUUGACCUGGGCUAUUCAAGGAGCUCCCGCCAAGGCCGUCAUUGCCCUGGCAUACAUCUUUGUCGGAGUUUACGGUCUUACCUGGGCACCUGUCGCCUGGAUCUACGCCAGUGAAGUCUUUCCUCUCAAGUACCGAGCCAAGGGUGUCGGCCUCGCGGCUUCUGGUAACUGGAUCUUCAACCUUGCUCUGGCUUUUUUCGUGCCCCCAUCCUUCACCAACAUUCAAUGGCAGACAUACAUGAUCUUCGGCACCUUUUGUAUUGCCAUGACUGUACACGCGUUCUUUAUGUACCCCGAAACCGCUCGCAAGACCCUCGAGGAGGUCGAUGCCCUGUUCGAUAGCAACGUUCCUGCUUGGAGAAGCGCCAAGGCGACUGGAGGCUUUGAGGAGAAGCUUGAGGCUGCUCAGCGCGCAGAUGGAUUCAAAAACGGCGCUGAUGGCCUGGAGACAACACACGCCGAGACUGCCUAG